CAUCGCGUCUGUUGCAGCUCGGCGUCGCGACGUCAACAUUUGGACACCUGUUGGCGGGUACGAAACUGCAAUAUGCGCGAAAGAGACGACGCUCGUGAGGCGGCACGCGAGUGCGACAAGCAUGACGAGUGCCGUUACCGACGUCGUCGGUAGAGGGGAAGCCGUUUUUUUUUCGGAAAAAUUUCGGAUUUUUCGAUGUGGGCCACAUCGACUUUUUCGGGGCUGCAUGGUCACUUGGAGGGCUAGAAUGAACAAUGAUUGUGAAUGAAUGUUGUGGCGCCUACCACUAUUUGUGCUUCUCCUAAAUGUGCGGCGAGCAAAGGCGUAACGGUUGCCGAUCAGUGCGCGAACUCCCUCAAUAAACAAUGAAUACCCGCACUAAACUAUUGAAGCCCCGAUCAACCCCAUGGACAUUUUCACGAUCUUUCCAUAAGGCUGAGGAUUAGUGAGAGUCUUUGCGCUAGAAACGGUCGCAAUAAAGUUUUAGAUCUAGUUGAUUUUGCUCAAACCACUAAACUGCAUUAACGAGUAUUAUAGUCGCGAAAAAUCGAUUCGUCUAUAGCGGACUUAUACGCUUCUAGGAAAUUCAUACAAUAAUUCCAGAAUUCUUCCAUUUUUUAUGCCGUAGCUUUUCGUAGGAAUUCCCCUGCCGGGCGAACGAUCUGCAAUGCAUUUUCCUCAUUUAUUAGCGCGUCUAACUGUUCACUGGCUAGUUCCGGGCUUCUGAAGCCGAUUUUUGGGGACUCUUGCAAGUGCUUGGUAAUGAUCUGCAACCAUGACGAUGUGGCAGAGUGGGAUGGGGAGCCACGGCGGAAAAAACAACGCGUGGCUCAAACUAAUGGGAAUAAUGCACAAGGAUCGCAGACACCACGACAUCGGACCUGCAAGCACCGAUCGAACAAUCAGCCAGUCGCUGCCCAAGCUCAGCAGCCAGGACGAGGACGGGCACACCCCCCACUCCCAGUUCACUGGAGUAGCGCACUUCGAGCCCAUCCCACACGACCACGACUUUUGCGAACGUGUCGUCAUUAACGUAAGCGGUUUACGCUUCGAAACGCAACUACGCACACUAAAUCAAUUCCCCGAUACGCUGCUGGGGGAUCCCGCGCGGCGGAUCCGCUACUUUGAUCCGCUGCGCAAUGAGUACUUUUUCGACCGGAAUCGGCCCUCUUUCGAUGCCAUCCUGUACUACUAUCAGUCAGGGGGGCGGCUGCGUCGCCCUGUCAACGUGCCCCUUGACGUUUUCAGCGAAGAAAUUAAGUUCUACGAGCUGGGCGAGCCUGCGAUCAGCAAGUUUAGGGAAGACGAAGGAUUUAUUAAGGAGGAAGAAAAGCCGUUACCGGGCCGAGAGUUCCAGCGCGAUGUGUGGCUGCUGUUUGAAUACCCCGAAUCGUCUCAAGCAGCACGAGUGGUCGCCAUCAUUUCCGUGUUCGUCAUUCUGCUUUCCAUCGUCAUUUUCUGUCUGGAAACGUUGCCCGAGUUCAAGCACUACAAGGUCUUCAACACCACCACCAACGGCACCAAGAUCGAAGAAGACGAGGUGCCGGACAUUACCGAUCCGUUUUUCCUGAUCGAAACGAUCUGCAUCGUGUGGUUCACCUUCGAGCUCUCGGUGCGCUUCCUGGCCUGUCCCAACAAGCUGCACUUCUUCCGCGACGUCAUGAACUUCAUCGACAUCAUCGCCAUCAUCCCCUACUUUAUCACAUUGGCCACGGUGGUGGCGGAGGAAGAGGACACCUUACAGUUGCCAAGGGCGCCCGUCAGUCCACAGGAUAAAAGCACGAACCAGGCGAUGUCUUUAGCGAUCUUGCGAGUGAUCAGAUUGGUGCGAGUCUUCCGAAUAUUCAAGCUCAGUCGGCACAGCAAAGGUCUGCAGAUCUUGGGCCGCACACUGAAAGCCAGCAUGCGCGAGCUGGGCCUGCUCAUCUUCUUCCUAUUUAUCGGCGUGGUCCUCUUCUCGAGCAUCGUGUAUUUUGCGGAGGCGGGCAUCGAGCGGACCACCUUCAAGUCGAUUCCGGACGCGUUUUGGUGGGCGGUCGUCACAAUGACCACCGUGGGCUACGGCGACAUGAGGCCCGUAGGUGUGUGGGGCAAGAUCGUGGGCUCGCUCUGUGCGAUAGCGGGCGUGCUCACCAUUGCGCUUCCCGUGCCCGUCAUCGUCUCCAACUUCAACUACUUCUAUCACCGUGAGACUGAUCAGGAGGAGAUGCAGUCGCAGAACUUCAACCAUGUGACGAGUUGUCCGUAUUUGCCCGGCACCCUCGGCCAACACAUGAAAAAAGGAUCGUUGAGCGAGUCGUCCAGCGACUUGGUGGAACUUGAGGAGGGGCUGCUGGUGACGAGAGAGCAGCUGGCGCGCAAACAGAACUGCAACCCGCGUCGUCACAACAACAACAUCAACGCUGUUACAAUGGAGACUGACGUUUGACUACAAGUAAAGGAUGCUUUGCGUCCCCAUCGAUCUCUAGCGGAGGGCGACUCCGCACUUGAGACUUCAAGCACAUGCCAAUUAGCGUACAGCAGCAUCAAGACAGUCUUGAGCAUUAUUAUGAGUAUCGUAGGCGAGACUGUCAGUCCAGCUGCUGCGAGAAAGCGACGCAGCGGAACCUGCGCAGCCGCAGCAAGUAGCCAAAAAGUCAGCGGAACGAGUAGUGCGUUUAGUUGUAGUUUCAUCGCGGUGCGGCGCUGCUAUCGGUGCAGCAACUGCGCAGUGCAAAACCGGACACCGAUUCGAGGGCGCCGGAAGCGGCAAGUGCCGCAUUUUCUCAAACUGCUACAUCAAAUUUUUACCCAAGUUAGGACUACGUCUCGGUACUUCAGUGUGAUGAUGUGAUGAAUAAGUGAUGGUAAUAUUGGGAUGAAGGUGUGUGAUUUAUUACUUAAUGUAUACAGGGUUAUUCACGCUAGACGGCACGGAAGAUUGAAAAGUUUAAAUGUGCACCCGACAGGCGUCUGUGGAUUGAUCAAAUGAUACUUUGCAAAAAACAAACGGGCCAGCCGCAAACGUCCGUGCCGUCCAGCGUGAAUAACCCUGUAGAGAUGUGCGAUGUAUUAUUUUGGGGACGCCUAUGGGCCAAGUGCGGACCAAAUCCGCCUCUAUGUAUAGUAGUCAUGUAGUCGUUAGACUUCUUCGAAAAAUCUAAAUUAAACGUUAUGCCGCCGUCGGUGCGCAGACUCGGCCCAGGCCGCGCCCCCAGCUCGUUUAUUAGGGUGAGAUAUCCUGCCAAAAAUUAUUAUUACAUAAUAAAAUACCUAUAAAUAAGUUUAAAUGAGAUUAAAAAUAAUAAUUCGCCGUAAUAUUAUAAACUGAGUCAAAGCCAAUAUAAGCGCGUCGCCGAAACCAACUUUAGGCGCAGUCGGACGCAACUCACGUCGCCGAAAUGACGCUCAGUCGCAAAAAUUGAGAUUAGGAAUACGGAUAUAGAGGGCAUUUUUUGUAAAGUGGCCUAACAACUAAAGUCCCAAAUGCUCAAACAACUAACCAAUCGCUGCUAAUUGACCGCAAGCAAGAUUUGACCCAGAAACGUUGACCUCUAUGUCUCGAAACCAAUUUUUUGUCUGUGAUAUUAAUUAGAGAAAAGCAACCGCUUCUCCAACUGAACACCGAACACUUCUUGCUUUCAACCCACCUUUUCUUCCACUCGGCGCCCUCCCUCUGCAGAUGGCGCGACGGACGCUUUAAGACUAUUGCUUAGAAGCGUGUAACGUUUAAAAAGUUUAAAACUCCUUUUAGGUAGGCACUAGUAGAGGAUUCUUAACAUUCUUAGGCGACUUUAAACUACUUUUAAGGUAGGUUCGAUCUAGCUAGCCAAAAAUAAAAAAAAAACAGUUCUUUUCGCCAUCUUCGCAGGUCGAAGGGGUCGGUAACUUGUGCCCUUCGAACCGCUCGCAUUUUAUCGGCAACUUACCGAACAUCUCGCGCUGACCGAGCGUCAUUUCCGCAUAUUCAGUCGACUGCGCCAAAAAAAUUCAUAGACAAACGUCAGCGAGGCCAUUUGAUCGGUGAUGUGCGUAAAAACGAUGCUGUGUAGUGCUCAUUCACACCAAUUAAACGAUAAUGUUGGCGCUGCUGGGUUGGGGAUUUUAGGAGGUGCUUUUGGUCUUCAACUGUUUGUUGCUAUGCCCUGAGGGUGGUCUAUUUUUUUUAAUUUAUAAUUAAUCUGUACUCCAAUAAAAAAAAAUUAAAUAUAAUUUUGCAGCUAUGAAACGUAUCAAUCUUUGAAAAAAAUUUAUUGACACAUUGCACAUCCGGAAAAUCCUCUGGCCAGAAGCGCUAAAGUUAAAUUAAUGAAAAAAGUGUAAUUAGUUCCGGCACUGUUUUAAGUGCUUGUAUUUUUGGGCUGUGUGAAGCUUAUUUACCUAGGGUUGGAUUAGCUUUUAGCCCUUGUUACAUAUCCACCCGCGUAGAGGGGCAGACCGAGCGCGAUUGGUCGCUCUGGGCCUUAAUUCGGCACUCUACAAACCUUCCUCUUAUACUUGAUAUUUGACUGGCUCAGUUCUAUCGGUUCGCCAUUGUUCACUUAUAUGAAUUUAUGAGUAUAUUUUGUAUAAACAUAUCGUAAAUCGGUUUCGUUUCAUAUCAUUGUAGGGACUCAAGAAGAAUCGAAAUAUUAUAUUCACGUCAUAUCAAGAAUUCCAACGAAUUUUUGUUCAUUCAUAAUCGCCUGUGAUUUAUUGUGUAUAACCUUACUUAUAUGGAUAGAACUGUUCAACGUUAAAAAUUAAAUUCAUGUAUAAAAGCCGUUAAAGUUACGCAACUGAGCUAAAGGAACCCAAGUUUUAGUCAAUUUGAACAUUUUCAGACACGUACAAGCGCAUUCCACAUAGAAACCGACGGAUGCUUGAUACGUUCCAUACAUUCUCUAAUAACGAAAGUUGUUGUCAUUGAUUGUAAGCGAAUUAUAAAAAAAUCAAGCAGUAAACAUUAAAAAUAUGCUCGCGCAAUAACGCGUUCGCUUCCCAAAUGAAUCAGGAAAUCCGAGUAGGUACAUUAAGUUGAUGCAUCAGUUUUCCGGUUCUUGACACUUACAUAUCUAAAUGUACUUUUCAAUUCGUAUCAACUUUUUCUUUAGUUUUUUGUUAAACUCUGCCUACAACUGAAAACCUUAAAAUCUGAUGGUUGCAUUGUUAGGUUUCAGAACAUGCUGACUUUUCUUUAAAGAAUCGCUUGUUUUCUCAAAAUUAAUAAUACAAAUUUUCCUGUCGGCUACAAAUUAAGUAGACGUUAUACGUAAUUUUCCUAAUUUUUACCAACAAUAAAUAUGAGUGUUGAAAAGUUACAAACGCCAAACCCAAAAAAUCGCGCAAAAAAAUACUAAUGAUUAAAAUUUGUUGAUUUGCGGAUUUUUCAACAAAAUUAGGGGCAAAAUGAAAGCAUUAAAGCAUUUUAUAGAAAUCAAUCCAAUUCCUUCCUUUUGAUUCAGAUCUACUUAGGCACUGCUGCUAUUCGAUUAAUAAUACACUCUAAGCUAAGACGGCUCGCAUUGCCCCUAAUCUGAACCACAAUGACUAACAAAGGUACCGAAUCAAGGCCCGAAGCCCGCGCAAACAGAAAAUGAAUAAAAGGAUAUUACCUAUUAUUAAAAAAAUCGAAUUCGACAACUGCUGUAAUCAUAUAAUUGUGUAGAUAAUCAAGUAAUCAAAACAACCCGAACAAUAAAUUUGAUUUCUUUUUUUCGUAAAAUGACCUGGACAUAAUGUAAACUGUAUGAUUGUUUGUGGAACGUUAUUGUGUAUAAAUUGGUUUAUUUUUGUGUUUUUUUGGCCGAAAAUGAACCGAAACCGAGACAAAUAAAAAAAAUCAGUCAACAAUUAAUGUUUCUACACCCAAUGGAAUUUGGAAUUAUUUGCAGAUUUUGAACUAUUUUUACUUUUUCUCCCAUUUUCGAUUCGGUUCACUUUCACGUUUAGUUAGUUAAGGAGGCGACUGAGCAUAAGUCGCAAAAAAAGCAAAAGCUUGAGGAAAUAUCCAAACAGAGAAAACUAGAAAAAGCGACGUUUUUUGCGGAAAAUGAUUGGUCGCCUUGCGCCUAACGGUCUGUCCGUCGGACGGCGCCUUCACGAUCGUCAUUCAAUUACUUUACGUUUUUAUUGUGAAUCAGAAUGGAUCUAGUCAUGUUUGUUACAAUUUAAAAUAUUUUAUAAAUGUUGAUUAAUAUACGACAUUCCUAUUUCAA